UAUUUUGAUCAUCAUGGCUUCAUAUGACAUUUUUGAUAUGUGUUUAGAAGAAAAUUCAGUUUUAAAAUUUGACUUGUUAUGCAAGGAGGGUCCAAGUCAUAUUGUUAGACAAAGAAAAAGAUUAGGUGAAUUUUCUACAUUGUACGAAACCCUACGAUCAGACGAAAACAAAUUCUACGAGUAUACAAGAAUGUCAGUGCCAACUUUCGACUACAUAUUGGAAAAAAUAGAUGCUCGUUUAAAGUUAACAGCCACUAACUUUCAUAUAUCAGAUUCAAUAACGUCUGCAGAAAAAUUAAUCGUGACCUUAAGGUGAGUAGAAAUGAAACUACUUCAAUAUAGGUAACCGUAUUUAUUUUAUUUAAUUCGAACUACAAAAAAGUUAAACUCUGAGUUUCUUCAUCUGGUGGUGUAGUGUAGUAACACUGAUAAUUAACAUUUUGUUGAGAAGUAACUGCUUGGUUUUCUUUCGUAGCUUCAUACAGCCAUUCAUUAACUUUGCCACGGAACUGAAAUUUUUGCAGUUCCGUUAGUUUCUUCAUUGCGGGAAGAAUGCUUCUCAAGAAUAAGAAGUCUUCAUCAUUAUUUAACUUCUGAUCAUUAUCGGUCUCCAUUAACCGUUUUUCCAUCAAUAGAAGUUUCUUUUUUUCGAUGUCUAGCAUACUCUCCUUCAGAUUCAAACGUUUUCUUGACGACGAUGACGACUGUUGAGACGAACUUGCAGACGAUGUGGCUGCAGGUUGAGAAGGUGGAGACAUCAUCGGCUGCAUCAUUUCAGAAUCCAAAUUAUCCGAAUCAUUUGGCAUCUCUGAACUGUCCUCAUCAUUUUCUAUAUUUUCUGCUUCUUGGCUAUCAUCUGUUUCAUUAACAGAUACAUUUCCAGUUGAUGGUGCAGGCAUUACUUCAUCUUUAAUGAACAUCAUUAAAUUAAAAUAUUGCCAUGAAGACACCCAAACGUCCGCCUCUGCUCCAGAUCUGAAAUGUGGUUGUUUCUUGAGUUCCUUCCGGUAUUGGUCUUUUAAAUGUUUCCAACGCUUUUUCAAUGUAACUUCUGCAAGAAAAAAAUAUUUCCAUGUACAAAUCGAUAACAUAAAUGAAUGUCUUGCUACUGGAACAUCUUUUCGAGCACUGGCUUUUAGUUUUCGAAUGGGGAAAACAACAGUAGCCGACAUUGUUUAUGCAACUUGUUCAGCUAUAUGGCAGCAAUUGGUUGAAGUACGUAUGGCACGGCCAACGCAAGAGGACUUCAAAAAUAUAGCAAAUGACUAUUACAGACUAUGGCAGUUCCCUAUGUGUUUAGGAUCUAUUGACGGCAAACACUGCAGAAUGAAGUGUCCCGCUAAGUCUGGCUCUUCGUUUUACAAUUACAAGCAAUAUUUUUCCAUAAUACUACAAGGUGUGGCGGAUGCAAAUAAACGAUUUAUCUCCAUAGAAGUAGGAGGAAAAGGCAAACAAAGUGAUGGAGGGACUUUUCAUUAUUCAACGUUGAACAGUUUGAUGGAAAAUGGAGGACUACAUAUUCCUCCACCCGAUAAUUUACCAGGGACCACAUUAGAAUCUCCUUAUGUUUUUCUGGGAGAUGAAGCCUACCCUUUGAAAAUACAUUUAAUGCGGCCGUUUCCAUCAAGAAACCUGAAUGAUAAAAAUGAGUAUUUCAAUAAACGUCUCUCACGUGCACGAAAAUGUAUUGAAUGUGCUUUUGGUAUUUUAUACGCAAAAUGGCGUAUUUUCAGUAAGCCGAUCGAAACAAAUGUAGAACACGCAUGUUUAAUAAUAAAAACCGCUUGCCUUCUACACAAUGUCAUACGUGAUCUCGAAGGAAAUGAUUGUAAUUCUCAAAACUAUGACACAAAUCUGACUCCUGGGGCACAUUAUGCUGAUCUCAAUAGAAGAAACAACAGUUCUUCUCAGGCCGCGAGAAAUAUACGGAACCAAUUCGCUAACUACUUUUGGGAUAGGAAAAUAUAAUGUUUACAAAAUAUGUUCAGUUAUUUUCAGUAUGUAAUGUAAUGAAAAUGUAAUAAAAUAUUACCUUCUAUGCCUAGUUUUUCUGCUAAUUCAGUCCAGAUUUUUGCUUUCACUAGUCUAUUUUUAUAGAGAGCAUGCUUUGACAUCCAUAUUUCUGGUUUUUCUUGGAUUGCACAAAUUAUUUCUUCGAACGGCAUAAUGCACGUGCUACUGAAACGCUCUAAAAACACAAACAGAAUUGAAAUGAACGCUGUACACCGCUCGACGCUCCACCAAACGCAAACAUGCGCGCUCUCUACAACGCUCUGGCGGCUGCCACUAAGGACAUCUAGAUAGAAUAAGCAGAGAUAGACAUGCACGCUCCACGCCCCGCGCCGCUGCACGCUCGUCUAGAGCGGGCAGUCAGGCCUCACACUUAUCAAUUACGAAAAGCGUUUUUGUGAUUCAAAUUCGGAUUU